GCAGAUGGCGAUGAGCGUCUUUCAGUUGACUCUUCUUGCGUGACGUAUAAUGGACUGGACGGGACGCUUCUUCAGGAACAACAAGGCGUCAACUCUUUCAACCACGUCGGUAGCUUGCUAGCCAACAUAAAACUGAAAGAUUGACGUUUUAGACCAUGUUAAUGUACAUUAGCUAAUCUCAGUGUUUUAAACGAUUUUCGGUUGACGUAUCAACUGGUUCAAUUUGCAAACGUGUUAAAGAUUGAUACUGAGCCUAGCACUAGGCUAGUCGCUAAUGCUAGCUAGCUAGAUAACAUCCCUGACCAUGAGCUCACUAAACUACUCCUCCCUUGCUAAUAAAGAGGGGGUCUGCUGUUUGGAGAAAGAAUACUUCUGUUAUAGUGAAAGAAGAGAAAGAACCGUUUAGAGAGGAAGAGGAUGCUAUCUCAAAGGUGAAGAAGGAAGACGUUUUGGCAGUGAAAGAGGAAGAGACAGAAUAUCAGAUUAACACCAGAGAGAGACAUGACUAUGGUGGAUCCUCUGGGGAGCUUCAACAACAUCCUGAUGCUGACGUGGCAGAGAAGAGUCUCUCCAGAUCAGAACACCAGAUGGACAACACUAGCCCUUCCUCCCUCCCGGAGACCCUGUAUCGUGCCUCUCCCGGUAGCACCUUACUGCUGGGUAUGAAGAGGUUGUCUGUGCUGCUGGUGGACUGCAGGAAAACAACGGGGCUGAGUGGAACUGUGAGAGGAGGAGAAGAGAAGAAAGGAUCAGAUUUGACACAUCAAAGAGAAAGACCAGACUCAGAGGAACCAGAGCCAGGGAAGUCCAAACAAGCAAGACGACACCAGUGCUCCCAGUGUGAAAAGAGUUUUAAACAGAAAGCACAACUGAAACAACAUGAGAGGAUACACACAGGGGAGAAGCCUUACCACUGCUCCCAGUGUGGAAAGGGUUUCAACCAGUCAGGGGUGCUGAAACGGCACGAGAGAAUACACACAGGAGAGAAGCCUUACCACUGCUCCCAGUGUGGAAAGUGUUUCAACCGGAAAGCAUUCCUGAACCAACACGAGAGAAUACACACAGGAGAGAAGCCUUACCACUGCUUCCAAUGUGGAAGGUGUUUCAACCAGUCGGGGGCGCUGAAACAACAUGAGAGAAUACACACAGGAGAGAAGCCUUACCACUGCUCCCAAUGUGGAAAGUGUUUCAACCAUUCGGGGAUGCUGAAACAACAUGAGAGAAUACACACAGGAGAGAAGCCUUACCACUGCUCCCAAUGUGGAAAGUGUUUCAACCAUUCGGGGAUGCUGAAAGACCAUGAGAGAAUACACACAGGAGAGAAGCCUUACCACUGCUCCCAAUGUGGAAAGUUUUUCAACCAGAGUGGACACCUGAAACAACAUGAGAAAAUACACACUGGAGAGAAGCCUUACCACUGCUCCCAAUGUGGAAAGUGUUUCAACCAUUCGGGGGACCUGAAACUACAUGAGAGAAUACACACAGGAGAGAAGCCUUACCACUGCUCCCAAUGUGGAAGGUGUUUCAACCAGUCGGGGGCGCUGAAACAACAUGAGAGAAUACACACAGGAGAGAAGCCUUACCACUGCUCCCAAUGUGGAAAGUGUUUCAACCAUUCGGGGAUGCUGAAAGGACAUGAGAGAAUACACACAGGAGAGAAGCCGUACCACUGCUCCCAGUGUGGAAAGUUUUUCAAGCAGAGAGGAACCCUGAAACAACAUGAGAGAAUACACACAGGAGAGAAGCCGUACCACUGCUCCCAAUGUGGAAGGUGUUUCAACCAGUCGGGGGCGCUGAAACAACAUGAGAGAAUACACACAGGAGAGAAGCCUUACCACUGCUCCCAAUGUGGAAAGUGUUUCAACCAUUCGGGGAUGCUGAAAGGACAUGAGAGAAUACACACAGGAGAGAAGCCGUACCACUGCUCCCAGUGUGGAAAGUUUUUCAAGCAGAGAGGAACCCUGAAACAACAUGAGAGAAUACACACAGGAGAGAAGCCUUACCACUCCUCACAGGGCGCAAACCAUUUCCUCCACAUUGACUCUGUAAACACGGCUGACGAGACAGAGAAGAGUCUCUCCAUUUCAGAACACCAGAUGGACAACGCUAGCCCUUCCUCCCUCCCGGAGUCCCUGUAUCGUGCCUCUCCUGGUAGCACGUUACUGCUGGGUAUGAAGAGGUUGUCUGUGCUGCUGGUGGACUGCAGGAAAACAACAGGGCUGAGUGGAACUGUGAGAGGAGGAGAAGAGAAGAAAGGAUCAGAUUUGACACGUCAAAGAGGAAAACCAAACUUGGAGGAACCAAAGACCUCCACAACAUCAAGACGACACCUCUGCUCCCAGAUCAAGUUAGGAAGCCUGAAAAGACCUGAGAGGACACACACAGGAGAGAAGCCGUACCAUUGCACCCAGUGUGGAAAUAGUUUUAGCCGGUUAGGAAGCCUCAAAGCUCAUGAGCGAAUACACACGGGAGAGAAGCCAUACCAUUGCGGCCAGUGUGGAAAGAGUUUUAGCCUGUUAGGAAGCCUGAAAGCUCAUGAGCGAAUACACUCAGGAGAGAAGCCAUACCAUUGCGGCCAGUGUGGAAAUAGUUUUAACCAGUUAGGAAACAUGAAAAGACAUGGGAGAAUACACACAGGGGAGAAGCCAUACCACUGCUCCCAGUGUGGAAAGAGUUUUACGGCGUUAGUUAAGCUGGAAGCUCAUGAGCGAAUUCACACAGGGGAGAAGCCUUACUACUGUUCCCAUUGUGGAAAGAGUUUUAACCAUUUAGUUAACAUGAAAAGACAUGAGAGGAUACACACAGGAGCGAAGCCUCACCAUUGCUCCCAGUGUGGAAAGAGUUUUAAGCGGUUAGACACCCUCAAAGAUCAUUUGCGAAUACACACAGGGGAGAAGCCUUUCCGUUGCGCCCAGUGUGGAAAGAGUUUUAGCCGGUCAGGAAGCCUGAAAGAGCACGAGCGAAUUCACACAGGGGAGAAAUCUUACCACUGAUCCCAGCGUGCAAUGCGUUUUUACCCAAUUAGGACACCUGAAAGAAGACAUGAGACCGCACACGGGGGAGAUGUCUUACAAAUGUUCAGAGUGGGGGGAAGGCAUUUUACUCAAAAAACAUAUGCGUAUCCACAUAGGAGAGAAUAAUGACUUCUCCUUGUGUGUAAAUAUAUAUUUCACAUCACAUUGACUUAAAAUUCAUCAGAGAACAUACACAGUGCUCCCAAUUGUCUUAUAUUGUUGACUGAGAAUGUGUUUACUUGUUUAUACCACAUGAAAUUGAAUGGUACAAAGUAUACUCAAAAAUACAUUUGUGUGUUUUUAUUAGAAAAUAUGAAUUGAAUAUUGUCGUGUCUUUGCCAUCAUUAAAAGUGAAGACUUAUUUUAUUAAGUCAAUUCUCUGUAAUUAUUAUUACGUGAUUAAACCAAUCAUGUACAUUUAAUUAACUAGGAAGU